AGCUGACGUGGUGACAGUUGGCCAGCAGGCCUUGCGCUGCUGUGAGGUGGGCUUCUUGGCUCUGCAGCGGCAAUUUCAUAUGGCGCAUUGCAGCUGCUGACUUCAGUCUUCGCUUCAUGAGAUGGAUUGCUAGAGCUUGCCAACUCAGUCCUGAACUCGAUGCUUUGAUUAGGGCGCUCAUCCCGUCAAGGGAAGCUUCCCCCUCCACCUCCCUUCCUGUCCUUUGUCUUACCCCCCCUCCUUCUUUCCUCAAACCAAAUAGCUGCAGCAAUGGGGCUCCCACACGUCGCUCAGCUGGCGAUCCGCGCUGCGGGAGCAGCAAGGCAGGCGCCAAAGGUCCUUGCUGGUGGCAAUUUGAACUUUGUAAGACAAGCCUCAGCAGCAGCCAUUGAGCAAGCUGCAAACGCUGGGGACCCGAAUUUCUUGGAGUCGGUCGAUAUGUUCUUUGAGAAGGCUGGAGCUCUUGCAAGUCCUUCGUCCGAUGUGUUGGCAGAGAUCAAGGCUUGCAAUAACAUUCUUAAAGUUCAGUUCCCUUUGAAGCUGUCAAAUGGGCGCGUCGAGCUGGUUGAGGCUUACAGAGCACAGCACUCUCACCAUCGUACUCCAGUCAAAGGGGGCGUGCGGAUGGCUCCCGCUGUGGAUGCGGAAGAGACGAUGGCGCUGGCAGCUCUGAUGACCUUCAAGUGCGCCCUGGUCGAUGUUCCCUUCGGGGGCGCCAAGGGGGGUAUCAAGAUCGAUCCCAAGAAGUACACAAUCUACGAGAAGGAGGCCAUCAUCCGAAGGUACACUGCCGAGCUGGUCAAGAAGAACUUCAUUGGCCCCGCCCUUGAUGUUCCUGCUCCAGACUACGGCACAGGGCCCCAAGAAAUGGCAUGGAUUAAGGACACAUAUCAGGGCUUGAGACCCAAUGACAUCAACGGCCAUGCCUGUGUGACUGGCAAGCCGCUAGAAGAGGGAGGAAUCCGUGGAAGGCCGCAGGCCACGGGACUUGGCGUGUUCUAUGGGCUCAGGGAGUUCUUGAAUUAUAAGGAUCUGACCGACCGGCUGGGCCUGGCCCCGGGCAUGAAGGACAAGACGAUGAUCAUCCAGGGCUUUGGCAACGUGGGCCGGCACACCGCGGAGUUCGUGCACAAGGCGGGGGCCAAGGUGAUCGCGCUCGCGGAGCACGACGGGGGGCUCAUCGACGAGAACGGGCUGGACAUCGACGCGCUGAAAGCGUACCAUCAAAAGCACGGCACCAUCACCGGCUUCCCGGGCGCCAAGACGGUGAAGGACCCGUACUCGAUCCUGGAGCUGCCGUGCGACGUGCUGAUCCCCGCCGCGCUCGAGUCCCAGAUCCACUCGGGCAACGCCGCGCGCAUCCAGGCCAAGCUGGUCGCGGAAGCCGCCAACGGCCCCGUCACGCCGCCCGCGGAAGACAUCCUCGAGGCCAAGGGCACGGUCAUCCUUCCCGACCUGCUUAUGAACGCGGGCGGUGUGACCGUUUCCUACUUCGAGUGGUUGAAGAACCUGAACCACGUGCGCUUCGGCCGCAUGAGCCGGCGCAUGGAGGAGCACUCGAAGCAGGUGCUGGUGACCGCCAUCGAGUCCGAGUUCGGCAACGGCAAGAAGCUGAGCGACAUGACCCGCAAGCUCAUCACUAAGGGAGGCACGGAGGAGGACUUUGUGUUCUCCGGCCUCGAAGAGACCAUGGUCAUCGCUGUGGAAGACGUCAUCAAGAUGGCGAAGGCCAAGAAUUGCAGCUUCAGAACCGCAGCCUACCUGAUCUCGAUAGAGAAGAUCUCCACGUCAUACCGUAUCUCUGGCAUCUUCCCAUGAGCAUUUAAGUUACUAGCCCACCACCAGCAUUUGCCAAGCUUUGCAAAACUUCAAAAAGCUACGUGACCAGAUUUUAAAAUGCUCAAUUCGAUCGAGCUGAUCUGGAGCUCGAGAGAGUACUUUAUUUUUGUGUGUUCGAUUAACGGCUCAGGAAGUCUAGCUGACUUUCAGCGCGAGACCCGUAAUUGAGAGAACUUUGAGUGAGAAGAGCGAGAUGCCCUAAUCGUGUCCAAUCUUAGAUGGUUGGAUCACCGGCAAAAGUGAUUGGAGGUCCCAUGAGGCAAUUUGGCAGCAGCACAAAGAGAAGGUAUUCAAAUAGUAAAAACAAACAUAUUUUCCGGAAAAGGAUGUUUCCGUUCUCGUCACAGCAAAUCGCCCACUACUAGACCAACCAGGAUGGCAAGU